AUGCGGGUGUCUUCUUCGGGGGGCCUUUUAACCUGUCCCCCGAGGUCACAUAACGUUAAAAAAAUUAUUAAAGAAACGGUCGACACGUCCGAACCGGAAAAUUUAAGCACGAAACCCCAGGAUUUGAGUGUGACCAACAUCAAGUCCAGUUCGCCGCCGCCCGGAUUGAUUCCGAUGACGAAAAAAUUAUCAUUAAGUUUGACGGAUAGAUUGGAAGCGUCGGAAGCGACGAGGGAAAGAUCUCAUGCCACUGCUUUUGUCGUACCUCAACGUGACACGACGAAACCGAGCGGAGGAGUUUUGGAACCCCUUAAUUUAAAUACUCCGGUAGAACCGUCUCAUCCUGUGGCUUACCGACCCACGCCACACUAUCCUCCGCAUUAUAUUCCUUUUCCCUACCAUUACCCACCACACGAUCUUUACCACCAGUAUCAUCCCUCCAUGUAUCCCAUUCAACCGACGAGAAUACCUCAUCAAGAUCAAUUAUCACCAUUUCCGCAGAGAGAAAGUUGUUCUCCACCUUUGUAUCCUUCUCCGGUGAGACCGGUACCCUCUUUGGCGAGACCCUCCGAUAAAUUAUACAUACCGUAUGCGAAUUCGGAUCAUUGCGGUCUAUCACCCACGUCGUCGACAUCGUCUAGAUCUCCUCCACCCGCGACGCCCGAGGAUUUAUCAUCUCCCGGAAGCGUCGCAAGUACCGGGAGCGUUGGAAGCACCGGAAUGGGUAGCACGAAAAGGAGAAAAGACAGCGCGCCACGAUAUCAGUGUCCGGACUGUAACAAAUCCUAUUCGACGUAUUCCGGUCUAUCCAAACAUCAACAAUUUCACUGUGCCGCAAACGAAUCAUCUCAGGCGAAAAAAUCAUUUAGUUGUAAAUUUUGUGAAAAAGUUUACGUGUCAUUAGGCGCUCUUAAAAUGCACAUAAGAACGCAUACGUUACCGUGCAAGUGCACAGUUUGUGGUAAAGCAUUUUCUCGUCCUUGGCUAUUGCAGGGACACGUGAGAACUCACACCGGUGAAAAACCGUUUUCGUGUCAACACUGCGGACGAGCUUUCGCGGACAGAUCGAAUUUGAGAGCUCACCUUCAAACUCAUUCGGACGUUAAGAAAUAUUCUUGCACGACGUGCAGCAAAACAUUUUCGAGAAUGUCGCUUUUGACGAAACACGCGGACGGAGGAUGUCCCGGAAUGGCUCCACAACCGGAAAUACUUUACCAACAACAUCAUCAUCAUCAUCAUCAGCAACAGCACGGAAUUCCAGACCAUCAUAUGCACGAAAAAUUACACCGGUGA